ACAGAUCUGAAAAGGAUUAUGAUUGAAUAAAAAGACAUAUCUGAAACACUCAUCCCGUGCUCCCCUUUUCUCCUCUGGUUCUCCUUUCUCUCCCCAAAUCCCCUAACAAAUCCUAAUUAUUGUUCGUGAGUUCCAUCACGGCCUCACAAUUGGUAUUCAGAGCCACGAAUUUGCGUUCGUCUGCGCCCAAACCCUCCUGAUUUGGCUAUAAAAUUCCACCACGAAGGGUGCGAAAUUUGCUUCCGCAAAAUUCGCUCGAAAUCCCGAGCGGGGUUCGCUCGAUUCGGAGCGGGCCGCAACGACGCCGUCGAAGUCGCCACUUCCGUCCGUCCAGACCAAGCUGGUCAUCGCCGCCAUGGGAGAGAACUCUGAGAGUAUUCAGGCGUCGCUGGCCAUCCUUCUCACCAAGAUCGAAGCCAUGGAUACGAGGUUUUCCAAUUUGGGCAAACAGCUUGCGGCAACACAGGAGAAUGUCGAUGAGAUUCGUCACAGGCGAGCGGAGGCAGGGGCUAAACCGACGGGAUCGGGAGUCACGGAGCAGGGCACUUCAUCGGCCAGCCGCCCCGCUCCACGACUUGCGAAUCUGCAGCCGCCCCUCCUCGAGGUGCCGGAUGGACAGUCGGCGGGUCAGGUUUUCACCACAGCGCCCCCAUCACCUGUGGAGCCUGUUCUUGGGCAGGAGCCACCACCGGAACCACGCCAUGAUCCUAGGUCGGCGCGUGAGCACGUUCCAGAGCACCGUCGGAUGUUGGUACAGGAUCGAGACCGUGCCCACUUCAUCAAGCCACCUAAGCACCAUUUUCCACGAUUCACUGGUUCCUACCGCAACAUUGUACCUCGAUGGACAUGCAGCACUUUGGUGGCAAGCAUUUAAGCACCGUAGGCGUCUUUGGCCGUGCGAUGACUUUGCAGUUGAGAUUGAGUCGGAAUUUGGGCAAGGCGUGUUCGAAUCCCAUAUGACUCAUCUCUUACAAUUGAAGCAACAGGGUACUGUGAUUGAGUACAAGUCCGCAUUCGAGACAACGAUGUAUCAUUUGAUAGCACUGGACCCUUCUUUGAACUCCAAAUUUUAUAUCCCAGUUUGUACUUGGACUGAAGGAUGAGAUCAGAGCAGCGGUACGAUUGCAGGCACCCAUCAGUGUUACUCGAGCAGUCUGUUUGGCCAAAAUUCAGGAAGAAGAGCUGGAGAUACAGCGGCCUCGACAACGUUUUUAGAGACAGACCAUGCCUACUGCAAUCCAACCAACUCAGCAAGCAGGAAAGAAAGCACCUGAUGAUUUUGGUCGUGAAAGGCAGCUACGAGAUUCCAGAAAAGAAAAUGGACUAUGCUUCAGGUGUGAAGACAAGUACAGCAAGGAACAUCAAUGUAAGAAGCCUAUGCAGCUACUUACUAUACAAGUUGGUGAACAUGGGGAGGUGUUAACUGAAGAUGCCGUUCAGGCACUUGAGUUAUUAACUGAAUCAGAAACACAUGAAUGUUGUCAAAUCUCUUCAAAUGCAGUCAGUGGAGCAGAUUCUGGGGAAACCAUUCGCAUCCGCGCUUUAGUGGGAAAUCAAGUGAUGUUAGCAUUGGUUGACUCGGGUAGCAGCCAUAGUUUUGUUGAUGAAAACUUCGCCACUCGAGCAAAAUUAGAUAUUAUUGCAGUACCCCAGUUAAAGUCACAGUUGCUAAUGGUCAGAGUAUGCAGUCUCAGUCUCAGGUGCAGAAUUUGACUUGGUGGACACAAGGCCAUACAUUCACUAGUUCUAUGAGAGUUCUGUAGUUGGGUGCAUAUGAUGCAGUGUUGGGGAUGGAUUGGCUGAAGUGUCACAGUCCGAUGACUUGUGAUUGGGAGGGUAAAGCAUUACAGUUUGCACACGGUGACACUAUUAUUUCCCUUCAAGGUGUUCAGCCUGUUUCUACUAUGCAAUUGCAAGCUAUGUCAAUAGAGCAAUUGGACAAAGCUCUGCAUGGCAAUGAUAUUUGGGCUACGGCCGUGGUUGAUCCUUCUUC